UAAUUUAUUACGGGGUUGCCUCGUGUUAGUUGUACAAACCCCAAGUUUUUCCUCUCAGAAAUUGCUGAAUAACCCAGUGAUAUUUUCUGCAUAUAUGGCUUCUAGUAUUCUUUCUCUCAAGAAAUGGCUACCACCCAGAUUUGUUUUCUCUCUGGUUCUUGUCAUUAGCUCUUUCUUGAGCGUUAUUUCAAGCGCUUAUCCAAAUAUUCUUAGUACUUGCAAGUUUGAUGCCAUAUAUCAGCUGGGGGAUUCGAUAUCAGAUACCGGUAAUUUUAUUCAAGAGAACCCUUCAUCUGUGUUUUCAAGGUUACCCUAUGGCGAAACCUUCUUCAAGAAGGCUACUGGUAGAUGCUCCGAUGGCUUGUUAAUGAUUGAUUAUCUAGCACUAUCUGCUGAAAUUCCUUUUCUUGACGCCUACUUAAGCAAAGAUGGAUUAUUUGAUCAUGGGGUUAACUUUGCGGUUGCCGGAGCUACUGCCUUGUCGGAGAAAGAUCUAACCCGGAAAAACGUUUCCUUUGUGCCUAUCAACCGAUCUCUAAGUCAACAACUUGACUGGAUGUUUAGCUACUUCAAUAGAACUUGUCACAGUGACAAAGAUUGUUUCAAGAAAAAUGAAAGAGCUUUUUUCAUGGUUGGGGAGAUUGGAGGAAAUGACUAUAACUAUGCCUUUCUGAAAGGAAAAACCUUAGAGGAGGUUAAGCCAUUGGUGCUCGAUGUAGUCCAAACCUUAAAAUAUGCUGUCAAAAGAGUUAUCAGAUAUGGUGCUACUCGGCUAGUCGUGCCUGGAAACUUCCCCAUAGGCUGCUUUCCUGUAUAUCUCACUAAAUUUCAAACAAAUGAUACUACUGCUUAUGAUGAACUUCAUUGUCUAAAGGAGUUGAAUAACUUUUCAAUUUAUCAUAACGAUCUUCUCCAACAAGCCAUUGAUGAGCUAAAAGAAGAACAUCCCAACGUGGUCAUCGUCUAUGGUAACUACUACAAUGCAUUCCGGUGGAUUUUGUCUGAGGCUAAUUUGCUUGGUUUUGAUCCAACAUCAUUACAAAAAGCUUGUUGUGGGAUUGGAGGUGAAUACAAUUUUGACCUUUCAAGAAUGUGUGGAGAUCCCGAAGUAACAUUAUGUUUAAACCCUAAUGAACGACUGAGUUGGGAUGGAAUUCAUUUGACACAAAGGGCUUACGAAUUAAUGGCAACAUGGCUCAUCCACGACAUCUAUCCGCAACUUCAAUGCGAAUACAUUGUUUCAUACAGUUCUGCUCUCUAGUUUCAGAUAGGAACUUGUGUGAAGUUUCUAUCAUGCAUGUCAACAAAUUGUUUAAUAGAAGGGGAUACAAGUAGAUAAAAAUUGUCAUUAAUUCAUGCUCUACAAUUUUCCGUAUUAACAUUGGAUGUUCAUAGAAUCCAAUGACGGACAUAAUGCCCUGCAUGCUUCACAUAUUAACAACUUUCAGAUUUGAUAAAUUAAAUUGAAAACCUGAAGUUUAGAUCGAUUGGCUCAUGAAGUCACUUUUAAAAAAUGAUAU